GGAACAACAGGUUUCUUCCGCAGACUGCGGAUCGUUUAAAGCUUAUAAUCCGGACACGAAGUCAAAGAGAAGCUGAAGAAGAGCUGCAGAAAGGUGUCAAAACCACCUGAUGCUGCAGCCUAAUCCGGUCACCUGGGACUGAACACACACACACAGAGGGCCAACAUGGCGUCAGACCCACCCAUCCUGACAGAGCAGCAGGAGCUGCAGAGGAGAGCCAAUCAGGUCACAGAUGAGUCCCUGGAGAGCACAAGGCGGAUGGUGCAGCUGGUUGAGGAGAGUAAAGAUGCUGGGAUCAGAGCUUUGGUCAUGCUGGAUGAACAAGGAGAGCAGUUGGAGCGUGUAGAGGAGGGCUUGGAUCAGAUCAAUUCUGACAUGAAGGAGGCCGAGAAAAACCUGACUGACUUGGGCAAGUGCUGUGGCCUCUGCUCCUGUGAUAAACUGAAGGCCUUUGAGGAAAGCGGGGCGUACAAGGCAGUUUGGGGCGGAGCUUCCGGUCAAGAUGGCGUCAUGUCCAAUCAGCCGCCGUCGUCUCGAGUCGUCGAUGAGAGGGAGCAAAUGAUCAUGAGCGGAGGAUACAUAGGGAGGGUGACUAAGGAUGCCCGCGAGGACGAGAUGGAGGAGAACCUGACGCAUGUCGGCAGCAUCAUCGGGAAUCUGAAGAGCAUGGCCCUGGACAUGAGCAACGAGAUAGACACGCAGAACGUCCAGAUCGACCGCAUACAGGGAAAGGCCAUUCUCAACAUGUCCCGCAUCGACGCUGCCAACCAGAAAGCCAACAACCUCAUGAAACGAUAGAAGGAGCGCUCUUCCAUUUCACUCUAUUUUUUCCCUACUACCUGCAGUUACUAUGCUUUUGCAUGCUGUGCCAAAGUGUUGCCGCCGUCAUUCCAUGCUUUAAAUGUAGGUCAUAGUGUUUUCAUCGUGAAAACUUGCUGGAUGUUAUUUCUCUGCUACAGUCAGUAGUGAGGUUACAGAGACCCAUGAAGUGUUCAUUAUCUCGUGUUAUAGUAUUCCUAUUUAUUCUAGGUAUAGUCUUUGCUGUGACACGGAUAUGACAUAACCCUUUUUGAAAGGUGUCGCGUGAUUAUUAUGACUCUAUUUCUGUGGGGAUUUCACAGCAAGGCCUUUGUCGCUUUGCAUUUCACACUUCGUAUUUCCCCUCAAGGUGGCCUCUGCGGUCACUCAGCAGAGAGUUAGAUCAGAUCCCUGUGGGGAAACUGGGUCAGUGCAGCGGCACCAUCACCACCAGCAGCAGCAGCAGAGAGCACAAUCAGACAACAACCAAAUCAUAUAAAUCAAGAAAUCAUUUCACAAAAGGUGAACAUGUGGAGAGCAGCACAGCGAAGAGCGACUCCGUGGGCCGGGGCGUGUGGCCUUUCUCUUGUACCGGACAGAUAUUUAAAAAAACUAAAGGAUAACUCUGUGUGCAGAAUAUAUGUCCACAUUUCUCAAAAGAACAAAUACACUACCAGCAACCAGUUUAUUUCCCAAUGUAAACAUGAGUGUAACCCACACACCCCUCCCCCCUUCCUCUAGGCUGAAAUGUUGCACAGAGGGUGAAACACGUGCAUGAUGGCGCCCUCUGCAGGCGCUGCAGGGUUUUGCCCACAAGAAGGAAACACGCAUUUGUCCCCAGAGGAGGAUCUCUGGCGACACCAAGCGGAGCAAACAGGGAACCUGCUCCUCCUGACCUCCCUCCCAUCUUCUUUCUUCUCCGUGUUGAUAUAAAAUGGUGGUGAAAUCACGAUGGGUUGGUUUGUUUUUCUUAAUCUUAUUCCAUAAGAAGAAGGAGGGGGGAUUUGAUCUCACUUACACUGUCAAACUAACAGGAAUCACAGCAUUUGUUGAAAAGAGAAAAUGUUAUUGUGUUGUGCUUUUUGUGUUUCUCAUUAUAGCCAAUUAGAUCUUUUGUGUGACUUUUUUGUAGCUGCUCUGUCGUUGUUGUUCACAAGCAGCCAGUCUUGUGUGUCGUGGAGUAAUGCUGGAAUCAAUGGUUUGUUUAAUGGUGUGGUUAUUAAUUAUAUGUUAGCACAAAGCAGUUGGUGACCUUGGCUCACCUGAACAAGGCCUCCAUACUUUUCUCACAGGAGGGUGAAGAUA